AAACAUAACCUUAUCUUAUCAUCAUCUGUCAUCAUAAUGUAAAAAUUAGAAAUAAAUUAAUUGAGAUAAAAACUAAAAACCAGCCGAAAAUGCACCCCUUUUAAAACCAAACCAAGCGUAAUCAACUAAAAUGCAGAUAAGCAUCGAUAUUGGUAACCAAAAACCUCACGAUGGGCCGAAAGAUUCGUUUGCUUCCAGGUAUUGUUCGAUAGCGCGUUUCCUCUACCUUGUGAUACUCCUCUUCGUGAUAACGGCCGUUUUAUAUUUAUGCAAGCACUAUUUACGAACCGUACUGUAUUGGUUAGAAAAUCAAGAUUCCAUCAUCAUAUCGUCUACGAUUAUUGUGUUAUUUGUAAUCGUGUCGUUUCCGUUAAGUGUAGGAUAUAUAGUGGUUGUGGGGGCUGCUGGUUACCUUUUUGGAAUACUAAAAGGUUUUUGUUUGUCGGUUGUUGGGGCGAACAUCGGGAUUUUAGUGGCUCAUAAUGUGAUUAAAUUGUUGGGGCAUCACCAAAAAGUGAGACGACUCAUCGAUAAUGAAACGUCCGCGGCGAUAAUGAGGGUGUUAUCGGGGCCCUCUUGUUUCAAAAUAGUGUUGUGCGCGAGAUUAACCCCGAUACCUUUCGGUUUGCAAAACGUUAUUUUCGCUUUGAGCAAUGUGAACACUCAAAUUUAUCAUUUCGCGUCGUGUAUUGGGUUGUUUGCUGGCCAAUUUAUGGGGGUUUAUGUUGGAUCGACGUUGAGGUCGAUGCAAGAUGUUUUGGAAAAUCAACAUUUUUCAACUGGGACGUAUAUUUUUGCUGGGGCGCAGCUUGUUUUAGCUGCUGGAUUAAUUGUUUGGUUUGGUGCUAAAGCUAGGAGUGAACUUUUAAAAGCACUAAAUGAAGCUGAAAGUAAAUUACCUGUUGGGGAAAAAACUACAAAGGCUGGUUUUAAUUUAGUUUGAGGUUAAGAUGUUUUUUUUGGGGAUUAUAUUUAUUAAUUUUUGGAAUGUACUUACAUUAAUUUAAGUAAAAGAUAAGACUGUCUUCAAGAAAACAAUAUAAGUAUUUUUUUGGA